AUAACCAAAGUAAACCAAACGAAAUCGAACAUCGCCCCUCUUCCCUUCGUCCAUCGCUUUCGACUCAUCUACCGCCGAGACCAGCAUCCUCGCGAGGCAAGGAAAAUUCUCCCAUCUGCGAUUUCAUCCUCAUCGCCGGAAUCACUUCAGGUGGCCGAAAAAUGAGUUUUCGGUUCAUUCAGAGGCAGAACUUUGCUGUCUUGAACACUGUUCGUCUGUGUUCGUCUGCAAGCCCUUUGAUGGCCAACGGAAAUGGCCACGAACUGAGAAAACUAGGGUUUGAUUCUGUCAGUUCGCCUGCAUCUUAUCUGCUUAACUCUGUCCGGAGGAUCGUAUCUUCGUCUUCAAUGGUAUCACAUGGACGGAUAUUUACAGCUACAAGUUCAUCAAGGGGCUUUGCCACCACUGGAGAUUCUGUCCAACCGUUUGAUUCGGCUUCUGAUGCACCUCCAAGGAUCAAAUUCAAAAGGCUUGAUAAGACUGCAAAGCAUAUAAUGCAGAUUCUAGAUAAGGAGGCAGUUGGGGAAGUGAGAGCUCAAAGAGAGAUACCUGAUAUAAAGCCCGGUUACAUUGUUCAGCUCAAAGUGGAAGUGCCUGAGAACAAGAGGCGUGCUUCAAUUGUGAAAGGCAUUGUCAUAGCAAGACGUAAUGCUGGUCUCAAUUCUACAUUUAGGAUUAGGAGGCUUGUGGCUGGAGUUGGAGUUGAAUCGAUGUUUCCCUUGUAUUCCCCGAACCUGAAGGAGAUUAAGGUGCUGGACAAGAAGAAAGUUAGAAGAGCCAAACUUUACUACCUCAGGGACAAGAUGAAUGCACUCAAGAAGCACUAAUCUUAGCAUUUCCCUGCCAUCCCUCGUCCUUUUUUGGAAGGAUUUUCGAGGUAGAUUUCCAUAUUUUUCCAUUUCUUGUCUGAUCGAUCUUCGAAAAUAAAAUGCUGUAGACGAUGUUUGUUUGCCUCACAAAAAGUUUUGUGCUCCUUA